AUGAACGCAGAAGCAUAUCUGCGCAAGCAGGGAUGGCAGGGCUCUGGCCACUCGCUCGACGGUGAGGGCCGCGGCAUCAGAAAGCCCCUACUCAUCGCCCACAAGCAGGAUCAGCUUGGGCUCGGCAAAAAAAAGGCGGCCUACACGACCGACGACCAAUGGUGGAUGCGCGCAUUCGAUGACAGUCUGAAAAACAUUGGAAGUGGCCAGGAGAGUACCCUUAGUCAGAUCCAGAAGAAGGGCAUUAAUCGCGGUGGCCUAUAUGGAUUUUUUGUGAAGGGCGAGUCUAUCGCUGGUACUCUUGGAGACUCGGAUAGCUCGGCUGCACCAACCGACGCCUCAGCUGCGCCUUCUGGUACCAGCACGCCCGCUACCUCGGCCUCCGACAGCGAGCCAGCACGGCAGUCUGCGAACAGGGUAAAAAAGCGCAAGCGGGACGCCAGGAAGGAAGUUACAAAGAGCCAAAAGUCAAAGGGCAAGAAGGAGGAGGUAGCUGGGGACAAAGGUGCUAAGAAACUGGCGAAGAAAAUCGCCAAGCUUAGUGUGAAAGAGAGGACAACGUACGAGCAGCGUGCAGCGGCCAAGGGCCAGACACUCGAGGUGUACGUAGCUCGGCGGAUCCAGAAGAAAAAUGAGGAGCGCGCAUCCAGAUGA